AUGCCCCGCCUCGACACCGUCAACGCUGAGAUCCUCGCCCGCAUCGCCUUCUACGCCGCGACCAACAGCGAGCUCGGGCCCCCCGCCGACCUCCUCGCCCUCCUGCUCACCUGCAAGUCGAUCCACGCAGCCAUCAGCCCCCCGACGAACUAUGCGCUCUACGCCGAUGCCUUUCGCGCAAAGUUCGAUGUGGAACCCGUUCAGCGCCGCUUCCCUGACCGCUGGUCCACCGACAGGUGCCUUGCGAAAGAGUUAGUCAAGCGCUGCAAGAUGCUCCGCCGAAUGCGCAGGCGCGAGGUGCCCUCCCUCGAGCAGCUCACGGACGAUCUCUGGACGGCGUACCUGAUGAUGCUCGAGCAUGAUAAGCACAACCGCACCCUGCUCGUCCGUUGGGCGGGUAUUCGUGAAUUCUUGUGGCAAAUCCUAGCUGCGUCCUUGACCAGGGGGUUGUUUGAUUGGUUCAAUAAUAGAGAGGUCGCAUCCUUAAUCGUGUGGCUAUUUUGGAUGAGCAUGGACCGUGAUGACCUGCUCCGCGAGCACCCUCGCCGGCGCCUCGAGCUGCAAAGGCUCCUGCACCCAUUCAUCGUCGCCUCCUUCAAGUACCCCUCCUUCCACGCCCCAGAUCUUCACCAACUGGUCCCCCUCGACCCCGAGGAGCACCCGCCGCCGCCCUCUCCGGCGCCGACGCAGCCCCCCGUGCGCACGCUCACGCACUUUAGCCACCCGCUCACGAUCGCGUGCCCGCCACUGACCGCGGGCGCAAUCCUCUGCUCCGCCGCGCGCACAGAGAUGCAGCUCGCACUCGACACCGCCGCGGGCAGGGCCGGCUGGCGCGCGCUUACGCACCGCUCGGGCGUGCAAGUAUGCACCCGCGCGCAGCGGGACGCGCAAGGCGCACUGGGCCCCGCAGUUGAAGACCUCGAGGAGUUCGAGAACCGCUGGAACGUGCGGUGCGCGUACGAGCCCCUGCCGGGGGAGAGCGAGAAGAAGAUACUCGGGAGCGAGAGGUGGGAGGAGCUGUGGUGGCGCCUGGUGGGCUGCGCGGACCCGUACGGCGACGGCGGCGCGCUGCGGGGGAAGGUGUACGAGUUCGGCGCGGCCGCGGGGCGCUGGCGCGGGCGGUACGUCAUGCCCUCGCAGGAGCCGUUCCUCACGCUCCUCACGCGCCCUGCGCGGGUGUCGGCGCUCGACGUGCCGAUCACGCACCGCCCCAUGUAUUGCACGCUCAAGGAGCACCACUGCUUGGCGGACGAGCAGCCGCUCGACUUGGGCGCGGACGAGUGGGGGGCGGACUUGUUGAAUGCGUGGCUCCCCCGCGGAACCGAGUUGGUUGAGCGGGAGGACCACCUCGAAAUCUACGACCCCGUAUUCGACCGCAUUGUCAGGUAUGAAACUCUCGCCCCGCCGGGGUCUUCGCACACCUACCUCUCCAAAUCCGCCAAGGCGGAGACCGUGUGGAUGGACGACAGCGACUCCGACGACGAGGGCGACGACGGGGAUCACGCGGACGCUCACUCGAACCCCACGUACAUCGACUCCGAGGACUGGGAGGACACCGUCACGCACCGUUCGUCGGGCGUGUCGGACAUCAUCCUGACGGGCGAGACGGAGCAUGCGCGCGGGGUCGCGUGGGGCCGUUACAAGUUCGUCGGGCGCGUGCGCGCGUGGGACGGGCUGGUCUGCCUGCUCAGGACGCCGGCGGACGCGGACUCGGCGGUGCUCGGGUGCUUGGUGUUCCGCGGGUACGUUCAGGGUGGCAACUUUGUCGGCGUGUGGAGGGACGUGAAUACUUCUCUGGAGGUCGGCGGGUGGGAGUGCGGAUUCGUGAUGACGAGGGAUGAAUAAAUGGCCGCCUCACUCUUGGGGGAACCCAAAAAUGCCUCUGCCGCGGAGGAUUUCUUGCCAAUGCUGAAAGACGUUCAUGUUAUUUAUUUCCAUCACCCCAUGCAUACCCUCAUCCAAUCCAUUGAUCACGAUUUUUUUCAUGCAAUUUUGAUGUGUAGCCUAGGUCAGAUCAUUCAAGUACUCUGCCAAUGUAUCAUCAUAAUAAC